AUGACCACCAACGACGACAAAGGCCGUAGCACAAAAGACCCUCGCCGCGAUGAGAAAGGCUGUAGCGCCAAAGAGGGGUGCGCUUGUUUUUGCGUAUUAAUCUUCAUAUUCAUCAUCAUAAUCGUUUUUAUUUACAUGCUCAUACUCCUACCUGUCCCCUCCCCUACUUUCACCCUCAACGAUGUCAAACUAUACACCUUCAACUUAUCCACCACACUCACCUCCAACUUCCAAAUAACCAUCUCUUCCAAAAACCAAGAUUACGACACCGCUUUCCACUUCGACAGACUUAACGUUUCCGCCUCGUACAGGAGCCAACAGAUCACACUGCCAACAAUGAUUCCAAUGUCGUACCUACACGCCCCAUACGUCACCAUCUGGUCUCCGUACCUCAACGGAACUGAAGUUCCGUUGAGCCCCGAGCUUGUGGUGGCUUUGGCCCAAGACCAGACCGCGGGUACGAUGUUGAUUAAUGUUGAGGUUACGGGAAGAUUGAGUUGGAAAUUUUGUUUUUAUUCAUUUCAUUGCGGGUUGAAAGUUAAUUGUCCGGCGUAUGUUAUGUUUGGGAACAAUAAUGAUAGUAAUUACGUUGUUGGUUCGGCUGUUAAGCAUCCGUUUAGUCAUGAAGAAUGCGAUAUUGAGGUUGGAGAAGUAAAGUUUUAA